UAGUAACCCUGGGGCGGCAGGACGCGGAGAGGGCGGGCGGGCGGUACAGCGCAGGCGCAGCGUCCCGUUGCCGAGCAGCUACUCCUUCUGUGCAGCUCUGCGCCCCCUCGGGAGCGGACCCCCGGCCUCACCAUGUCUAACGCAACCUACAAUAAGAUGUGGGGAGAAGCCCAAGAAGCCCUCAACUCUCUGCUGGAGGGGGAGUCUGAAAAGGCUCUGGAGCCGCCUCAGGACCAGGUGGUGAUCUUCCAGAUGCUGGCCACCUUCUAUGUCAAGUACGUCCAGAUCUUCCGCAACUUGGAGAACGUCUACGACCAGAUGGUGCAUCCACAGAAGCGCAUCCUCAUCCGCGAGGUGCUGGACGCCGUCAUGGGCCGCAUCCUGGAGCUCAAGAACGAGAUGGUCGAGCUGGAGUUUUCAGAGUUCCACUACUUUGAUGACAUUUUGCAAGACCUGAAACUGGGCCCUGAACAGCUAGACAUCCCCAUUCCAAAGUACUUUUUGAAGGAAAAGAUGGAGGUACUAAGAGAACGAGAGAAAGUCCUCGCUCAAAUAUUGGCCAACGCUGGAUUGGAAGAUCUGAACCUGAAACUGCCUCUAAAGAUCAUCCCCCUGGAAGAAGCCGUGAAGUUGAUCCAGAUCUCAGAGAGAGCCCGCCAGGGCCGCCUGAGAGCCACCUUCAUGCGCCAGAUCUAUCAUCAAGACAUUCGGGAAAAACAAGCCCGGCUUCAUGGGGAAAAGAUGCCAGACAUAGGGAGCGCUGCGGUCCGGAUUCAAAAGUUCUGGCGCUCAUUCAACCAAUACAAGAAAACUGCAAGGGAAAAGGAAGAAGAAAUGAUAUUUCUAGGAAUGGAUCCAUCACCACACAUUCAGAGUUUCAACAACACACUUCUCAGUGCCCAGAAAGUGAACUUCCUACGUUAUGAGGUCCAGGAGAAGCAUGAAGAGGACUACAAAGAGGCUUUAGUUUCCAUCAAGACAAAUCUGAAGAUGUUAGAAGGUCCGGACAUCAAAGAGAGCCUUCAGGACCAGAUCCGGCACUGGUUCAUCGAGUGUCGGAAUAUGACUGGCACAUUUCCUGAUUACCCUAAUGAAGAAGAAGGGGGUUCCGCACUUAUUUUUUCAGAUAAGACCCCACAACAGGUAAUCCAGGAUAUUUUACUCAGGGAAAUAGAAGAAGAAAAUCUAAAGAAGGCCAAAAAGGAGACAAAGGAAAAAAAGGAAAAAAAGAAAAAAAAAGAAAAGGAAGAAAAAAAGGAGAUUAAAAAGAUAAUUGAAGAAGAAGAAAGAUGGAAAAUGGCCCCCAGUCUCUUCGUCCCAACCAUAGAAGAAGGAAACAAUAAAUACAAAGGAGUCUGGAGGGACAUAGAUGAAUCCUGGAAUUUCCCCCAAAGCCAUGACCCAGAGAUGAUCAAGGAGGAGAAGAGGAAAGAACUGGAAUCAGAGAUCAGAAUUCAGGUGGAUGAGCUGAUGAGACAGGAACUGAAGAAUCUAAAGUUAGCCGUGGACAGAGAAAGGGAAAUCCCAAGAAAACAAAAGAAGAAAAAGGAUAAAAAGAAAGGAAAAAAAGGGAAAAAAGGCAAAAAGGAGAAGGACCUGACCCCUGACAGAACCCUGGAUUCACUAUAUAAGGAACUGGUAGAAGAAGGAUUAUUGAUAAGACCCUUGAAAGUCCAGCUCUCGGAAUACAUCGGUGAGUUUUGUUACCUGGGAACCACACUCCGCCACAUAUCGAUAGAACCAAUGCCGUCCCUCUCUGAUGUGAGACAGCUCAUCACCUUGUAUGGGAUUCUCCCAUUAGGUUCUCAGACGGUGCACGAGAAGGCCCCGUUGGUGAAGACGCUGCUCUUGGCCGGGCCCUCUGGGGUGGGCAAGAAGAUGCUGGUCCACGCCAUCUGCACCGAGACCGGAGCCAACCUCUUUAAUCUGUCUUCAACCAACAUCGCUGGGAAGUACCCGGGCAAGAGCGGCCUCCAGCUGAUGAUCCACAUGGUCAUGAAGGUGGCUCGGCUGCUACAACCGUCGGUGGUCUGGAUCGGGGACACUGAGAAAACCUUCUACAAAAAAGUUCCAAAGAUCGAAAAAGAGAUGGAACCAAGACGCCUGAAAAAACAUCUGCCCAAAAUUAUAAAACUGAUGAAGCCGGAGGAUCGAAUCCUGAUCGUGGGGACCACCAAGCGCCCUUUCGAGGCUGAUAUCAAGCCCCUGUGCAAAGUCUACCAGAAGAUUAUCAUGAUCCCCAGGCCAGAUUAUGCCUCCAGAUUCGUAUUGUGGAAUCAAGUGAUUCAACAGGCUGGAGGGAAGAUCACCAAGUCGUUGAACAUCAGUUGUCUCUCUAAGGUCACCGAUGGAUUCACCCAAGGACAAAUAGUCCAAGUUGUAAAGGGCAUCCUCACUGACCGGCGAGUCCGGCAGCAGAAGCAGAAGGCUCUGACAGCCACGGAGUUCAUCACAAGCCUGGCUCGGCUGGAACCUGUGUACAAAGAGGAGGAGGAGACCUUUAAGACUUGGUACUCCAAGACCCCUUUGGGUAAGAAAAGAGCAAAUGCAUUGUCUGGAGCUGAUGAAAAGGACAAAGGAAAAGGAAGAGGAAGGGGGAAAAUAAAGGGAAAAGAAAAAGGGAAAGGGAGAGGGAAAAAAUAAUUCUUUACGUAUUGAUCAUAUUUAACUCUUUCUAAUCGAUGGUGAGGUUGACCAUUUCUCUGAAAAGAAUAAAUCAAUGCCCCAGCAUACAGAUGCAAGAAAAUCCUGCCUAUUGAAGAAGCCCAAAGGAAAAAAAUUCUUCCACCUGUGGUGGGCAUUCACAGGACACAACAGUUCCUGUAUUUUUCAUAUUCAUUCAACUAGUGCUUUGGUCAUCUCAGAUCUCCUCAGGAUGCUAGCCUUCCGAGGGUUUGUACAGAACGUAGACAUACUCUGUGCAUGUGCAUAAACACAUACAUACACAGAGAGACCUUGCAUUGCUUGGGCAUUCUGCUCUAGUGCAGCAUUGAAUAUGAAGCUAAAAGUAUAGAAUUAAAGGGCAUUCUCAUUGGUAGAUUAAUCAGCAUAACUUCUAUUUUUCUAUGGUGCUAUUUUAUUCAUCUGUGCACUGUGUAUGUAAUAUAUUUUUGCAAUUAAAAAAUAUAAUUCUUUCCUAUAUCCAUGAAUUUUAUAAAGCUAAAUAAAAUUUUUACACUUAA